AUGCCGUGGACCGUCGCCAAUUUCAUUGCCCUUGCGGUGGUCUUUAUGCUCCUUGCAACCGUCUCCGUUGCUUUGAGAUUCUGGGCUCGGACGAAUUCCGAGGCUAGGUUUGGUGUCGACGAUGCUUUGAUUAUACCGGCAGCUAUAUGUGUAGUAGGAAUGGCUGUAACGAUGAUUGUAGGAACGCAAAUCGGAGAGAUGGCACAACACCAAACAAAUGAAUAUGAUUCCAAUGGGCCAGUAUAUACGCAAACUCUAGCCAACUAUGAGAAAUGCAAUUACAUUCUCCAACUCCUGCCACUGGCGUCACUGGGUUUCAGCAAGACGUCCGUCUUGUGCUUUUACCGUCGAAUCUUCUUUAUCAAUUCCCGAUUCUUGAUUUGGAAUACGGCCCUGAUGGUGAUCGUCGUGCUCUGGGCGGUCUCGUUCUUCUUCGCCACGGCAUUCCAAUGCAGAGACCCUACCAUCCUCUGGACAACUUUUGAAUAUGCAAGAACGAACUGCGUCGAGACUAUACCAUUCUACUACGCUGUUUCGAUCAGUGGGUUCAUUACCGAUAUCAUGAUAUUAGCCUCGCCUCUUCCCAUCAUCUACCGAUUGCAACUACCCCUGACAAAUCGCAUUGCCAUAGCAGGCAUAUUUUUACUAGGAGCCAUUGUUUGUGGCGCAGGAAUUGGACGCUUCGUGACCUUUGUCAACAUUGGCCACGGCAUCUUCGCCAAUAUCAACGAUAUCACUUACUUUACCACACCGGUAUUUGCAUGGACUAUUAUUGAGAGCUCUCUCGCUGUAGUCGGAGCAAACCUCCCAGUCUUCCGACCGCUGCUCUUGAGGAUGAGGGCCUAUACAUCUCAGUUCUCCUCUCCUCCCUGGUCACGGAUUCCUCUCUUCUCAACCCGCUUCUCACGCUCGAGUAGGGGUUUCUCUCUUCAUGAGGUUUACGAAUCAGAUCCCCCUAUUCGGCUCCUGGGCACAAGUAUAUCAAACCAGGAUCCUCCACUCAAGAAGCAAGAUACUUCUCAUCAGAAUGAACAGACGGAGCCACCAUCUGUAGACAGAGGCUUGGAUAACCCUGUGCAUGAAAACACUGUUACAUAG